AUGUCGUCCAGUAAAAACAAGUCGUCACAUCCGGCUAUUAAUCUCGUGGCAGGCGGCACCGCCGGGCUGUUCGAGGCGCUGUGCUGCCACCCGCUCGACACCAUCAAAGUGCGCAUGCAAAUCUACAAGCGGGACGCGUCCAAGGGCUCCAAGCCUCCGGGGUUCGUGCGCACGGGCCGCAAUAUCUACGCUGAAGAAGGGCUGCUGGCGUUCUACAAGGGCCUGGGGGCCGUGGUGAUCGGUAUCAUCCCCAAGAUGGCGAUCCGGUUCACUUCGUACGAGUUCUACCGCCAGCUGCUCGCAGACAAAAACACCGGCAUUGUCUCCACGGGCAACACGUUUGUUGCAGGUGUGGGCGCGGGUAUCACCGAGGCCGUACUCGUGGUCAAUCCCAUGGAGGUGGUCAAGAUCCGGCUGCAAGCGCAGCAUCUGCGGCUCGUUCCUGCGGUUGCGGAGCUCGCCGGGGCCGUGGGGCCCUCCACGGCGUCGCCUGCUGCGGCUUCGACCGCUACUGCCAACAUGGUGGCCACUCCGCACUACCGGAACGCCGUGCAGGCCGCGUACGUGAUCGUCAAAGAGGAAGGUCUGUCUGCGCUGUACCGUGGUGUGUCGUUGACCGCGGCGCGCCAGGCCACCAACCAGGGUGCCAAUUUCACAGUUUAUUCCAAGACCAAAGAGUAUUUGCAGCGCUACCAUGGUACCGACACGUUGCCCUCGUGGGAAACCUCGCUGAUCGGGCUCAUGUCCGGCGCGGUCGGACCCUUCUCGAAUGCCCCGCUCGACACCAUCAAGACCCGUCUUCAAAAGGACCGCUCCACCACCAACAUGUCUGGGUGGGCGCGCAUCGUCACCAUCGGCCGCCAACUCAUCCGCGAAGAAGGCUUCCGUGCCCUCUACAAAGGUAUCACUCCGCGUGUGAUGCGCGUUGCCCCGGGCCAGGCCGUCACUUUCACCGUCUACGAGCUCAUUCGCAAGCAUUUGGAGUCUCUCGGACUUCACAAACCGUCCUCUCCUUCCAAGAGUACGCCCUUGAAAUGA